AUGGAUAUAGAUUUAAGAAAAUAUUUACAACAAAAUCAUAAUCAACUUACAUGGACAGAAAGAAUUAAAAUUGCUGUUGAUAUAAUAGAUGCACUUUUAAAAAUUCAUGUAGAAAAUGCAAUUCAUAGAGAUUUGCAUUCUGGAAACAUACUGUAUAAUUUUGGUGAAGUAUUCCGUAUUAGUGAUCUUGGAUUUUGUGGACCUGCAGAUAAACCAUUAAAAAGUAUAUAUGGGAAUCUUCCUUAUAUAGCACCUGAGGUUAUUAUUGGAAAAGAACAGACUUUUAAAUCUGAUAUUUAUAGUAUUGCAAUGCUUAUGUGGGAAGUUUCAUCAGGACAACCACCAUUUAUUGAUUAUGAACAUGAUUAUGAUCUUGCAAUGAAUAUUGUUAAUGGUAUGAGACCUAAAAUUGUACCAGGAACUCCUUUAGAAUAUAAAAAUUUAAUGAAACAAUGUUGGGAUGCUGAUCCAUCAAAAAGACCUUAUAGUAAUACACUUUGGAAUAAAAUACAUGAAAUUAAUUUAUUUUAUCAGAAUGAAUCAAAUGAAUCAUUAACUCAGUCGGAAGAAAGUAACAAUUUUGAGAUAGAAAGUAAUAAAGCAAACUUCAUCAAUUUGAAGGACUUCCUGAACCAAAAAAUGCAACAGAAGAAGAACAAGAAGCAUUUCACAGUAAAUCAUAUAAAUUUUAUAUCCCUGAUAAUGUUAGUGAUUUUGAUAAAUCGAACAGCCAGAAGAAUAAUACAUCAAAAGUAUAUAACAUACUUAAAGAUACUCAAAAUGAUUAUAAGAUUGAAACAAUAGAAAAGAAAACAAAGAUACUUAGUAUUAAUGAUAACGAUGAGGAUGAAAUUUACAAUAAUCCAAAUUUUCAUUCAGAAGAGCAAGAUGAAUUUGAACUUCCUGAUAGU